AUGUCAGAGAUGCGAGGCGUAGCCGAGAUGAUCGAAGCUCAAAGUUUAAGUGGCGAAAGCCGUCGUUCUGUAGCAGAUUCGGAUAUACUGCGUAUACUAAAUUUCCCAAACGAUACUGAUUGGAAGAAUAUUCUACUUUUAAUCUUCGAACCUGGAAGUGGACCGUACGAUCUACAUGACUUUGUUCCAGCCGUGAAUGGAGUUAUAGACUUAAAGGACAUUGUUCAUUUCGGGGCUAACGUGGUUACGCACGUUUUUACCAUCGGAUUGAAGACUGAAAGUGCUGUAAAUUCUCUUUUGAGUUUAAAUGAAAUUAGAGUUAAAGGUAAGAGAUGUCGAAUAAUUCCUAUAGAAAACAGAAAAGUCGUGAUUAACGUUCAUUGGCUACCUCCAGUUCUAUCGCAUGACUUAGUUAAAGACGGAGUUUGUGAAAUCGAAUGUACCAGGUCUGGAGCAUGUGCUUACGAAUAA